AUGUUCCCCAAUGGCACCGCCUCCUCUCCUUCCUCCUCUCCUAGCCCCAGCACGGGCAGCUGCGGCGAAGGCGGCUGCAGCAGGGGCCCCGGGGCCGGCGGUGCAGACGGCAUGGAGGAGCCUGGGCGAAACGCAUCCCAGAACGGGACCUUGAGUGAGGGCCAAGGCAGUGCCAUCCUCAUCUCUUUCAUCUACUCCGUGGUGUGCCUGGUGGGGCUGUGUGGGAACUCCAUGGUCAUCUACGUGAUCCUGCGCUACGCCAAGAUGAAGACGGCCACCAACAUCUACAUACUAAACCUGGCCAUUGCGGACGAGCUUCUCAUGCUGAGCGUGCCCUUCCUGGUCACCUCCACGUUGUUGCGCCACUGGCCUUUCGGCGCGCUGCUCUGCCGCCUCGUGCUCAGUGUGGACGCCGUCAACAUGUUCACCAGCAUCUACUGUCUCACUGUCCUCAGCGUGGACCGCUACGUGGCCGUGGUGCACCCCAUCAAGGCAGCCCGCUACCGCCGACCCACUGUGGCCAAGGUGGUGAACUUGGGCGUGUGGGUGCUCUCCCUACUCGUCAUCCUGCCCAUAGUGGUCUUCUCGCGCACCGCAGCCAACAGCGACGGCACGGUGGCUUGCAACAUGCUCAUGCCUGAACCCGCCCAGCGCUGGCUGGUGGGCUUCGUGUUGUACACCUUUCUGAUGGGUUUCCUGCUGCCCGUCGGGGCCAUCUGCCUCUGCUACGUGCUCAUCAUUGCCAAGAUGCGCAUGGUAGCUCUCAAGGCCGGCUGGCAGCAGCGCAAGCGCUCGGAGCGCAAGAUCACCCUCAUGGUGAUGAUGGUGGUGAUGGUGUUCGUCAUCUGCUGGAUGCCAUUCUACGUGGUGCAGUUGGUCAACGUUUUCGCCGAGCAGGAUGAUGCCACAGUGAGCCAGCUGUCGGUCAUCCUCGGGUACGCCAACAGUUGCGCCAACCCCAUUCUCUAUGGCUUCCUCUCGGACAACUUCAAGCGCUCUUUUCAGCGCAUCCUGUGCCUCAGCUGGAUGGACAACGCGGCGGAGGAGCCUGUCGACUACUACGCCACAGCCCUCAAAAGCCGCGCCUACAGCGUGGAGGACUUUCAGCCCGAGAAUCUAGAGUCCGGCGGUGUCUUUCGUAAUGGCACCUGCACGUCCCGGAUCACCACGCUCUGA